AUGUUGGCGACAACCGUACAAUUCAAAGAAGUAUUUCCUAGGUACCAUCAAAGUGAUCAAGCUUUUCAGUGGUUAGUAAGCCUUGAAGAAUGGGAGAAGGUUGAAAAUGUGAACCAACUUUUGUCAAUUUUCAAUGAGGUGACCAACAUAGUAUCUGGCAGUGAAUACCCAACAUCAAAUCUAUUUCUACCUGAGGUUUGGAGGAUGAAGGAAAUAUUGUUGUUGAAGUGUAGGGAUAAUAAUGAUUACAUCAGGGCAAUGGCGAGUAAAAUGAGUAACAAGUUUGAGAAGUAUUGGGGCAGUUGCAAUUUAUUGAUGGCACUAGCAGCUGUGCUAGAUCCGAGAUACAAAAUGAAGUUGAUAAACUUUUGUUUCCCUCUAAUUUACCCAGAGCCUGAAGCUUCUAUGAACAUUGAUAAUGUCCUAUCCGUUCUUCAUGAGUUAUAUGAGGUAUAUGUAGCGUCUCAUAAUUCAUCUAUUAUGCAACUGCAACAAAGUACUCAAGAAAAUUCUCGUUCUACAAGUGGUUCUACUAGAGUUGCUGCAGUCAAGAAAUCGACUGAUUUGGAUGUAUAUCUUGAAGAGGACGUUUACAUAUGUGAAAAGGAUGUUAAUGGAGAAGACAUAGAUGCUGAGUUUGAGGCUUUGGCAUGGUGGAAAUUUAAUGCCUUGAAGUAUCGUAUCUUGUCUAAGAUGGCGCGGGAUAUUUUAGCUGUUCCAAUCACUACAGUAGCAUCAGAAUCAUCCUUUAGCGUUGGUGGUAGAGUCAUUGGUCCUCACCGAGCGAGAUUAUCCACCGAAACAGUAGAAAUGAUCUUGUGUGGGAGUGAUUGGGCUAGGGCAUUACAUGGACUUAGAAAAAACUCUAUAAUAGAUGAAGAUGAAGCUGUAAAUAAGAUCCACAGCAAAAUGGGUGAAGAUAAGAUCCACAGCAAAAUGGGUGAAGAUAUGAUAGAAAUUGAAAUGCUACAGCAGCUUCGUAAACAUGAUAAAGGUGGCAACCGGUGUUUGAGAAGCUUGGACCAAGCUUAUACAAUUUUCUACGGAAAAACAAUUAUUGCCCAUUUCCCAUUGAUCUUGUCCGUGAGAUUGGCCAACAACUAUUGGAAUGUGUAG